AACACUGCGACCGACGACGAUCCGUUGCAGUAGUAGUCAGUUGUCCACCGGUCGCGUGCGCGCCUCUGCCCUGCCGCAGCGUGACGUCGAGAAAACGGACGCGUUAUUUUCGUGUAAAUAUCGGCGCGGUUCAGUGUAAUAUUUUAUCAGCAUAUUACUGAGAUACGUUUUGAUUGGUUUUGCAGUUACGGUUCGACAAUCUCGAAACAUCGGAAAUUCGCACAAUGAUCUGACACCAAGCAUGAACAUGAAAGAACCAUGGCCGGCUGUACAAUUGCCAGUUACCAAACAUUACUGUACCUGUUCACGUUCAUCGCAACAGGUGAAAUCCUGUGUCAGGUGAGAAAUCCGGAACGGAUUCAGAUACCGAGAGUACGUUCUCCAGUACCCAUAGCUGCCACUGCUCAAAACAAUGCCAAUGUCAUCGGUCGCCCGUCAAAUAAACAGUUGGCGAACAAACAGUCAUCGAAGUCGCAGCAGAACUCCAGCCGAUUGCUCCAGCAAAACCCACCGGCACCACCGGUGUCCGUCAAAGAGCUUUUCAAUUCUUCGUCGUGCGUCGAACCUCCGUUCACGUGCCCACAUCCGAGGAUACAGUUCUACUUGUACACCAGACUUACGCAGAACGAUCCCGAGCUGCUGGACGUGACGGACCCCGAAUCGCUGUACACAUCUCAUUUCAACCCCAAGCACCCGGUGAAAAUAAUCAUACACGGAUUCCAAGGCGGUAGAAACUUGUCCCCGAGCACUGAUCUCCGAAACGCUUAUUUCACCAGGGGCAACUACAACAUCAUCAUAGUGGAUUAUUCGACUCUGGCACAGAUACCGUGUUUGAACCAAGUGGAAUGGGCGCCCAGAUUCUGCGGCAUGUGCAUCGCGCAGCUGGCUAACUACUUGGCCGAUCAUCCUCGUGGAGUUCCUCCCGAUAAGCUGCAUCUAAUGGGGUAACGUAUGACAUUAUAAUAUAAUUUUUUCGUC